AUGCAACAAAGGACGACGACCACGCCAGCUGCUGGUCCGCCACCGACCGCAUCAUCCUCGGGCAAGCAGGUGGUAGAGCUCAACGGGUACGUGAUAAUACUGGUCGAAAGUCGGGAUGGCAAAAUCAAACUUUACGGCAGCCCGGCCGACAAGGACAACCUCGAGGUGGCGGACGAGAUAUUGGACGUUAACGAGCGCAAGCUGGAAGACUCCCCCCGUGCGGAGGUUAUCAAGCACAUACACGAGUGCAUCCAGUCGUGCAUGAUAAAGCUGCGCGUCAAAAGGCGAAGUGAUUCUCGUUUAGCGGGUGAGCUGGGAAAUGCCGUACAGGAUGCGUUUGUCAUCGCGGUCGAGCAGCAGGCCCGGGAGCGCCUGCAACGAUUGUCCGCGCUCAAGCGGAUUACACCGGUCGACAUGUCACAGCUUUCGAUCAAACUCAAUCAGCAAAGUCAAGCGAAAGGUGUUGCGACACAAGAUUUGAGCUUCCUGAAGGAAGCGUCCCCUAUCUACGUGACGUCCCUUUCGAGUAACAGUGUUACGGGUACCAACACCAGCACGACGGUGACGGCUGGUGUGAAGACUACUUUUACCGCUGGGGCCAACAACAGCAUCAACAACAAUACCAUCAACAACAACGGCAGCAGUACGGGCGGUGGGCAGACGCAGCAGAACGCAACAAACAACAACGGCAGCAGCGAACGUACGAACCUCGCCACCAUCACCAACACCACCGGCAGCACCGUCGUCCGGCAGCAGCCCGCGCUGCAGGUGAACGUCGGCACGGACGGGUCCGGCGGUGGAUACGCGAACGUACGGCAAUCGGUUGGGCCAACGGGGACAGCCCCGUUCAAGGGACCACCGGCCACGAUCGCACCGGACGGGCUGCCCCAACCGGUGGGCCCGAACAACAAUAACAACACCCUAGCACUUAGUGCGGCCACCGCGUCCGGGUCCGCGUACCACCUGCACCAUAGUCUUGUAAAUAACAACAACCUCACCAGCAAUAUUGGCAAGCCGCAGGGGCUUGACUCAACCGCCAACAGUUACUAUAGUAAUCUAACUAACACCUUCCUAGCGAACGGUCAUGGUUCCAAGCGAGAGCUGGCUACACUGUCCGAGGGUGAACUCGAACCACAGGACGAACCGCAGUACGAGUCGAGUGGUAACAUAUCGCGCGGUGGUACCGAAGUUCUGCUGGGAGAUCAAAACCUUCGCCAGGAAAAUCGGCCUCGCAGACGCAGUGGCUCCAGCAUCGUGGUGCUGGGCGGUGAUGACACCCUGAAACCCUCCAUACCUAUUGAUGACUAUCAGGAGGACUUGGAAAUGUACAAUAUGUUAGCGGCAAACCAGGACAAUGGACCACACCGGGAAAUGGCUGUCGAUGUACCUGAAUCGUUCAUAGCCAGAAACAAAACGCCUCCGCGCUAUCCACCGCCACGCAGUACGACGGCGGUCACGGCACCCGUAACACCAGCCCCGCCCGCGUCCGCCCAGGUAAAUCACGUUUCCAACGCAAUGCCUCAGGUUGCGAAGCACCACCACCAACAGCAACAACAACCUCAACAGCAACAUCAUCAUCAUCACCACCUCCACCACCAUCAUCAUCCUCCGCCUCCGGGGCACCAUCAUCCGGCGAACGGUGGCGGCGUGUCCCUCGAGCUGGAACCGCUCGAUACGUACAGUGAUCGGCACCUGUCCUCGCUGGACAGCAGCCAGGAGUACGUGAAGAAGGGCGGUUCCAGCAAGGGCCCGUCGUCGCUCGGUUCGGUAACGAGCGAGUACGAACCGUCCCUCAACAAUGGGUACGGUGCGCUGCUGACCACCGGCGCCGGUGGUGAUCUGCGCGACUCGCUCAGCACCAACCGCAGCACGUCACCAUCGUCGUCGGGUGAUCUCGGACCGCCCGUGUACGAUGUCGGGCCGCACCGGGAGCUGCCCGUCGACGUGCCGGACAGUUUUGUUGAGAUCGUAAAGGGGCCACCGCGUUACCCGCCGCCCAAACCACUGCUCAUUAAAGACGCUAUCAGAAAGAAAGAAUCAUGCUCAUCCAGCGAAUCCAUUGAUAAGCCCAUACCGCAAUCACAGUCGCCGGCGCGAAACGAGCUUAAUGGUUCGACGAAACCGGUGCCACCGCCCCGGGAUCAUCUGCGGAUAGAGAAGGACGGCCGGCUCACCAAUCGCGCACCAGUGCCCGCUCCACAAGUGCCAGAUCGUAAGAUUGUGCCGAUCGCAUCACAGCACCAGCAUAUCGGCCAGGUCCUGGAACCGACAUCGGAGCAGUUAGAUAGCAUUAAGAAGUUCCAGGAGCAACUACGACGGCGAAGAGAGGACGAGGAACGGAUAGCAGCCCAGAAUGACUUCCUGCGCAACAGCCUGCGUGGUUCCCAGCGGCUUCGUGCGCUGCAGGACAAUCCGAUCGAAAAACCACCGGUCGGUGUCGACAAUGAGGCGUACGCAGAUGAUGAGGUGGUGGAGAAGAUUAUCGGGUACAGUGAGCUAGUGGCGGCACUGCAGCGACUGCAGGGACACCUGAACAAGCACGGUCUGGCGACACUCGCUGGCAGAGUGACGGCGGCACAAAGUUUACUGCUCGGUCCUGGCAUUGCCCGUGCCCUAGCCGUCCGGACGGCGGUCCUGGAACGGCGGCGCCCGAAAGUACCCAACCCGAUCUGCCCGAAUGCUCAAGCGUUAGCCAAGGACUGUGUCGAAUCGCUGGCCCAGUCCGGCUCACCAACCGCAAUAGAACUGUGUGAUCUGCUGUCCACGUACGAGAUGGAGGGUCUGCUGCUGGCACACGACAGAAUCGCAUCGACCACGGAUCGUUCGCCGAUUGCCUCGUACGGUGGUAGCCCGGUCACCGUCGCCAUGCCAUCGCUCAGCAACAACAUCAACAAUAACACCUUGACCAGUGCGGUGAAACCGGCCACUGUCAUGCCAUCAAUUCCAAAUAACGCUAGUUUAGUGAACAAUAACAAUAACAAUAUCGCUAAGAGGGAACCAAUCAGUGUGCCUCUCGGUGUGCUGCGUGACGGUAGCCAGGACCACAUCAAAAUCAUCCAGAUAGAGAAGUCAUCCGAACCGCUUGGGGCCACCAUCAGGAACGAGGGCGAAGCGGUCGUGAUUGGGCGGGUGGUGCGUGGUGGUGCCGCCGAAAAGUCCGGUCUGCUGCACGAAGGUGACGAAAUUCUCGAGGUGAACGGUAUCGAAAUGCGCGGCAAAUCGGUGAACGAUGUGUGCGCAUUGCUCGGUUCGAUGACCGGUACGCUUACGUUCCUGGUGGUGCCGGCCGGUGUGCCCCAGAUACUGCCCGGGCUGGGGAUGCGGGAUCCACCGGUGCUGCACGUCCGAGCCCACUUCGAUUACGAUCCCGAGGAUGAUCUGUACAUACCGUGCCGGGAGUUGGGCAUCAGCUUCCAGAAGGGUGACGUACUGCACGUGAUUUCGCGCGACGAUCCGAACUGGUGGCAGGCGUACCGGGAGGGCGAGGAAGACCAAACACUGGCCGGAUUGAUACCGAGCCAAUCGUUCCAGCAUCAGCGCGAAUCGAUGAAGCUUGCCAUUGCCGGUGAGGUGGGGCUGAGGACGCGCAAGGACAUCAACGGCAAAGCGGGCGGCGGUUCUACGUUACUGUGUGCACGGAAGGGUCGCAAGAAGAAGAAGAAGGCGAGCAGUGAACAUGGCUACCCGCUGUACGCGACGGCAACAGCCGACGAUCCGGAUCCGGAGGAAAUACUUACGUACGAGGAGGUGGCACUGUAUUAUCCGAGAGCCUCCCAUAAGCGACCGAUAGUGCUGAUCGGACCACCGAACAUUGGACGGCAUGAACUGCGGCAACGGCUAAUGGCAGAUUCGGAGCGAUUUGCAGCUGCUAUUCCUCAUACGUCACGUGCCCAGCGGGAAGGAGAGGUCCCGGGACAGGACUAUCACUUCAUCUCGCGGCAACAGUUCGAAUCGGACAUUUUGGCUCGAAAGUUCGUCGAGCACGGUGAAUAUGAGAAGGCUUAUUACGGAACAUCCCUCGAAGCUAUCCGAGCGGUGGUCGCUAGUGGCAAGAUAUGUGUGCUAAAUCUGCACCCCCAGAGCUUGAAGUUGCUUCGAUCGUCCGAUCUGAAACCGUACACGGUGCUAGUGGCACCACCAAGUUUGGAAAAGUUGCGCCAAAAGCGGAUACGAACCGGAGAACCUUACAAGGAAGAGGAAUUAAAGGAGAUCAUAGCGACCGCACGCGACAUGGAGGCCCGCUGGGGACAUCUGUUCGACAUGAUCAUCAUCAAUAACGAUACCGAGCGGGCUUAUCAUCAGCUGCUGGCGGAGAUCAACUCACUAGAACGGGAACCACAGUGGGUUCCGAGCAGUUGGCUGCACAACUAG